UUGGCGAGUUUGGCGUAGAAAUUAUGUCUUCGUGUCUUUUUUUUUCACCGACUGUUGUGGUUUUUUGUGAUCGAAGGACGAGUGAAAAUUUAUAUAAAUCGGUUCUCCAAAAUUUUCGAUAACUAAUGGGUGAAAAUAUGCAAAGUCUAGCAAGCAAAGUUGCUUUAAUAACAGGUGCAUCUUCUGGAAUUGGUGCUGGUACUGCUAUUCAUUUUGCAAGUUUAAAAUGCAAAUUGAGUCUUACUGGCCGUAAUGAAGAAAAUUUAAAAAAAGUAGUUGAAAACUGUAAAAAAGCAGGAGCGAAAUCUGAAGAUAUAUCAACGGUAAUAGGUGAUGUAUCUCAAGCUGAAGAUAUUAAACGAAUUUUAAAAUCUACCAUUGAUACAUUUGGAAGAUUAGAUAUUUUGGUGAAUAAUGCUGGUGUUCUUAUCCCAGGAACUGUGGAAAAUACACCGUUAGAAACUUUUGACUUAACUUAUAACACAAAUAUCAGAGCUGCAUUCCUUAUGUCCCAAUUAGCUAUACCAUAUCUGAGAAAAACUAAAGGUAACAUUGUUAAUGUAUCAAGUAUAGCUGGUCUUCGAUCUUUUCCUGGAGUUGCUGCAUAUUGUAUGAGCAAGGCAGCUAUUGAUCAGCUCACUAGAUGUACUGCAUUAGAAGUUGCAGCAGAUGGAAUCCGUGUUAAUAGUGUAAACCCUGGUGUUGUAGUUACUAAUGUUCACAAAAGAGGUGGAAUGUCUGAAGAAGAGUAUGCUAAGUUUUUAGAAAAAGGCAAAGAAACUCAUCCUAUUGGCAGGGUUGGAACUGUUGAAGAAGUUGCACAAACUAUUGCAUUUUUAGCUAGUGAUUGUUCUUCUUUUACAACUGGUGUGAAUUUUCCUAUUGAUGGUGGCAGGGGUGUGAUGUGUCCCAGAUGAAGUUAUGAGAUUAUACUUUAUAAAUUUUUCCUUGCUUUGUUUUUUCAAUAUUGCUUCAAGAAUUUAAUAAACUUUAUUUUGUUACUUGUUAA